UACGAUAAAAUACUGGAGAAAAGAAUAUGGAUAAAAAUCAUCUUACAGGAAAAUUUACCUUCAACAGGAUCAUCAAUAACAAGAUUGUCUGACUGAUUGCAACAAAAGAUCUGCUGACUAAUCUCCUCACACCACAGCCUUCAUCAUUUGAAAAUUUUCAUGGAGAAUGACUGGUCAGAUUAAUCUGCAAAAAUGUUCCACCUCAUCAUCAACCUCAAAUCCACACCUGACCAUUAAGACAUUAAGUGAACAUGAACUGGAAUCUGUAGAACACUGCGGAAGCAGGCCUUUGACUGCAUGUGAUGACACAUCCUCUGAACUGCAGAGGGUCAUAUCUCAGGAUAAUGGUGAGGUAAUUUCCCAUUCAUCUUUCAGAGGAAGAGGAGCUCUAUCCCGAAUUGUGCGUUUGGUGGUUGUUCUCCGUGAAUGGGCCCACAAGAGCUUACGUGAACAAGAUGAAAGACCUGACUCUUUUCUAGAUCGAUUCCGAGGACCAGACAUACAAACAACAGAAGGUCAAACUAUAAAGGAGACUCAAGCAGCUGGAACUACAGAGGACAAAUGCAAGAAGAAGAAGAAGAAGAAAAAGAGGACCUGGGAGCUGUUUGUUGUUGAUCCGUCUGGAAAAUGGUACUACCGUUGGCUUCUAGUUGUAACACUACCAGUGCUAUACAACUGGUUUUUGCUGGUAGUCAGGGCUUGUUUCAAUGACCUGCAGGCCAGUUACACAAUAGUGUGGCUCACUCUGGAUUAUUUAUGUGACAUCAUAUACAUUGCUGACAUCAUAAUCCGACUGCGCACAGGACACAAAUUACAACAAAAUUUAAAGGAAGAGGUAGCUAAAUACCAGAAUGAAUUAAUAAAAUUUAAGAAGCAGAAAUUGGAACGGGUUCAACAGGAUUAUCGAGACCAUACCGUAUACAAGUGGUUAACAGGAGGACAAUAUAGACAAAGACGCCCAAAGAAACGUAUUUUGAAACCAAGGAUCCCCACUAUAGACGUCACCUCGGGGGAAUCCGCUUCAGACAAUGAAGCCUCUAGACAACCACAAAAAGUUUUUUUAGAAACAACAGGGGGAGCCACCACAACGCGCAGUCGAUCAAAGAGCCAAGACGAGGUAACAUCAGGAGAGGACAAGGAGGUAAGACGUUUGGGCAAUCGCUCAAAACCUCCAAGGAAGUGA